CCAGGAGCAGGAAGAGAAAAGAAGUGAGCCUCAUGGCAACACCGAGUCACUGCUUCGAGAUUAUGAGAACCCAUACGACAAGCCUUACACGGGUUCAAAACCCAUCUACAGGGGCCCUCCGACACAAGGUCCCUACAUGGUGUCUCGCAUUUCAGAAGGCACGUAUAGAGGAGACGAAAGGGAGAAAAAGAAGCAGGAGAAAGAAGUCAAAAGAGGGAAUAAUAACGAGAAGGAGAAGGCCGGGCCGAAACCACCACAAGCCAAACCAAGAAGCAUUUUUCUGACCCCCAGUAUGGAAGAGCUGGACAGAAUUGGCAGAGCUGUUGCUGGAGGCGAGGGGAGUCAGCCGAGCGUGGGUCCAGGAACUCAGGUUUAG